AGUUCACGAGCAUGUGAUGUGUAGUCAGCUGUCUGACUGACUGAACUCACCGCAUUGAAGAACACGAGGAAAGAAAACGUCACAGAUUGCUGGAAACAUUCAAAGGCUCAACUCUCAGCUCUCUACGCCGCAGACAUGGAUUGUGGAAUCAUAACAUCGAAAACCGUCCUUUUGCUUCUCAGUCUAAUAUUUUGGGCUGCUGGAGUGGCCCUUGCCUAUGUUGGUUCUUAUGUGAUCAAAAGCUACAAUAACUUUGAAGACUUUGUGGCCGAUAGGUACACCCUCAUCCCUGCAGCCAUUAUAAUUGGAGUGGCUGUGGUUAUGUUUGUCAUCGGGACUGUUGGCUGCUGUGCAACUCUAAAGGAGUCCAAAGUUGGGUUAGGCUUUUUCCUUUUCAUCAUCAUGGUAAUCUUCGCUGCUGAGGUGACUGCCUUCGUGUUUAGUUUCAUCUACAGGGGCAGAAUAAAGGGUGACUUGGAAAAGUCAAUGAGUGAGGUCUUCCAGAAGUAUGAUGGUGUCAACACUGAAUCCCAUGCAGUGGAUUACUUGCAAUCUCAGCUGCAGUGCUGUGGGGUGCAGAACUUAACAGACUGGACAGCCUCAACAUGGUAUGGCACACAUAACAACUCUGUUCCACACUCCUGCUGUAAAGCCAACACAACACAAUGCAGUGGGCUACUCAACCAACCGGAACUUCUAAACACACAGGGAUGUGAAUCUAAACUAGAGCAGAUGCUGCAGGAUGUGCUUAGUUAUGCAAUGUUGGUCAUCUUGGGAUUUGCCAUCAUCAAGUUGUUUGGGAUGAUCAGUAUCUGUGUCAUCACCUGCAGAAGCAAAAGGCAUGAUUACCAGCCUCUGUAUGCAUGAUUGGAAAAUUAAGUCUCGUGAAUCCCCUUGUGAAACUGUCUCCUACACUCUGUGCAGCUAAAGGCAGCCUCAUUGGCACCAUGAAGAAUAGAGGUUUCAGAACUCCUAUUUUGGAAGUGUCCAGUAUUCCAAGUUUUUUUUUAAUGCCUUUGGUUUGAAUGCAAAGUUGUAAUUUAUCUUGUUUUCAUCAUGAAAUACUGACAGGAAGCAGCUGAGGCAUGUUGUCAGGGGGGAAAAAAAACUCUAAACAUUUUCAAAUUUAGGGGCUCUAAAAAAUAAAAAAUAAAAAACAUGUUGCAUUCUUAAGUGCAUCACAUAUUUCCUCCAUAAUUUUGACGGUUAAUGUUUUCCUGCCAAACAGGUUGAUGAUAGACCUCAACAAAUACUAUAUACUCCCUAUCUCCCCAACCUCACAAAGUUUUAGGAAAGAUUACUACAACUGAGCUUUGCCAAGUGUGUUAUAGAACCUUCUUUAGGUCAGAAUUUAGAGUUAAUAAAUGCACCUCAGUUUUAAGGAUUCUAUGUUAUUUCUGUGUGCUUUAGAAUGUACACCAUGUUAUGUUCAGUGUUUUCUUUUUCUUUUUUCUUCUGUCCAAAUGAUGUCUCUUUUAAUUUACUGUGAAUAUUAAACUGUCAUCUGUGAUGCAAUCUUGUAUGUUAUACCCAUUCAAAUUUUGUUCAACAGAGGAAUAUUAAAUUAUAUAAAUAAAUUAAAUUGUCUAAUGCAUUUCUGAUAACAUUUUCGACCAUUACAAAAAUAUAUGUUUGAAUUUAUCCUCAAGUGACUUGUUUAUCAACACCAUUUCAGAAUAUCACUUUCUGAGGAAAUGCACAUGUGCAUUUAGAUAAAUUGUAGGCGUUGACUUGUUAUUAUCUGUCUCUUGCUGACACAUUUGUAAAGAUAUCGCUGAUGAAAGUGUGGUGUGAAUUGUCAUUAUCAGAAAUCCCUUAUUGCCUCACAUUUGAAUGCAUUGAACAUUGAAAUAUUCUGACAUUUGUUUCAAGAGAACCCAAAUCAUUGUAUAAAUUACCUGCCCCUUACUGGCUAAUGUACUGUAUAGCUGUGUUUUAAAAUCACCAUCAUGACUUUGUUGAUUGUAGUAAACAAACACUUAAAUCUUUUACUUUACAAACCAAUGAAAACACACUGUGCACUUUAUUAGAAAGACCUGUACUCCUUAUUUGUGCAAUUAUCUAAUCUGGCAAUCAUUUAGCGGCAGCGCAAUGCAUAAAAUCAGGCAUAGGUCAGGAGCUUCAGUUAAUGUUCACAUCAACCAUCAGAAUGGGCAAUAAAUGUGAUCUCAGUGAUUUGGACAGUGGCAUGAUUGUUGUUAGUGCCAGUCGGGCUGGUUUGAGGAUUUCCGUAACCGCUGAUCUCCUGGGAUUUUCAUGCACAACAUGUCUCUAGAGUGUAUAUCAUCCAAUGAGCAGCAGUUCUAUGGAUGGAUGGAAGCAACUUUUUGAUGAGAGAGGUCAACGGAGAAUGGCCAGACUUGUUUGAGCUGACAAAGGCAGAGAUCAGAAUAGCAUCUCAGAAAUGUAAUGCACAUCACAUUGAACCUUGAGGCAGAUCAGAUGCAACAGCAGAAGACCAUGUCGGGUUCCUCUUCUGUCAGCCAAGGAUAAAAAGCUGAGCCUGCAGUUGGGAUAGGUUCACUUAAACUGGACAGUUAAAACCAGCUUGGUCUGAUGAAUCUCGAUUUCUGCACACAGAUGACAAGGUCAGAAAUUGGUGCCAACAGCAUGAAGCAAUGGACCCAACCUACGGUGGUAUGAUGGUGUGGGGAAUAAUUUCUUGAGACACUUUGGGCCCGUUAAUACCAAUGAAUCUUUGCUUGACUGCCACAGACUAUUUGAUAAUUGUUGAAAACAAUGUGUAGAAAUUGUGUGAUGCAAUCAUGUCAACAUGGACCAGAAUCGAAAUGGAUCACAUUUUUAAUGAUUAAUUGCUGCUGUUCCUAAAAAAAUCUUAAAGCAUUGUUGACUGUUCACUAUUUUAUUAUUUGCUCUUGAAUUUACUCUAUACAUUUUAAGCAAUGUUUAGGAGAAACACCUGACAGC